AGACUUUAAUCUUUGCCAUCGUUCUCAAUAAUCAACAGAUAUUCUGUCCAAUGACCGUAAGUAUUAAAGAUACGGCAUAAAGAGAAAUGUAGUUUACGGACAGGUAGUGAUCGUCGUCAAUAUAUGCUGUUCUACCAACAAUUUAACUCUAUUUCUUCACUUAGUAUUUAUAUCCAUGAUUUAAUUGGGCCAAUCAUCGAUUUAAUAUAAUUAGUAUAAUACAUAAAGAUAUAUAAUCGAAUGAAAUGGUACACGUUGGUACGAAAGUUGCAAUGUAACAGCUGUUAACAGAAGUAUAACAUAAGUUAUGACAGAUAGUAUAUUGGGUGUUGCCAAGUCGAAUGGAUCUACAAACGAAAGGUUUGUUACCAGUUAUAAUAUAUCAAUGCUAUGACUACGGAAAUAAAUUAAACGAUUAAAGAGAAUGCAGAAGCAGAAAUUAAGGAGUUCCAUAUUCAAUGACUUGUCGUGUGAAUGGGUUGUCCAAAAGAUUAUCUACCAGUUGAUAAGGUUAGGACAAACCUGUCAGCCAUGAAGACUCCUGUACCUCAACAUUUAAAUGGGAGUAAUGGUCAGUCUGUUGGCUCUGAAAAGACUGGUUCAUAUUUAAUAUCACGUUAUAAUAAUCCAUCCAAUAACUAUCAUGUUUUAAAAGUAACUGGACGUGAUUCCAAUUGUUACAUUGCCAAUAACAUUGCUCCUAAAAUAGGCAAACAGCAAUUAGUAUCAUUGAACGGUGAUUCUGUAAGUUGCAACAGUGUUAACGUAAAUGAGGCUUUGGCAUGCGAUGUAGUUACUAUGCCAGCAGUUAAGACUAAAGCUUUAUGCGUACACAUUCGCGAGAAUAAAUGGUAUGACGCUGGUAAUGUAGUUUCUGUCGGAGUGGCAGGAACUAGUCUCAGUCAUGCCUUGGAAAGUAUGUCUUUGGCUUAUAAUCCUACUACCAAACAGAUAUAUUCUAUGGAAGAUAACGAUACGCAAUAUGAUUGUAAAUCUCAAUAUCUAGAAUCUCCAUGUAAUGGGAAAGAAUUGUCAGCGAGUAUAGUGUCUAAGAUCGAUGGAGAUAAAUAUACAAAACUUGAAAGUGGCAGUGCAAAUAGUAGUCCUAGAAACAGUUUACCUCGUUCAUGUAGCAGUACAGUGUCUUCCCUUAGUGAAGUAUCACCUUCUGGAAGUUUCUUAGGAUCAGACGAGCAACACAUUGUUGUAGAUAAACAAGAAAAAUCUAAGCGCUGGGGAUUAAACACAUUGUUUGCCAAAAAUGUAUUUUCUUGGAAAAAUAAAGGUUCUCAGCAAUCUACUCCUACGGGUAGUCCAUCAAGAAAUAUCGAUAAAGUAGGAGGAAGUUUAGCUCUAAUACAGCAACCAAGACCAGCAAAUUUACCUGCAAAGAAUGCUUUGGAGGAACAACGUCAUCGUAAGCAAUAUACUGCAAUUUUAGAAGCUGCACGUAAGAGAGAGUUACGCGAAGAGAAAGAACGUAAACAACAGAGAGAACAACAGAUUAAAGAAGAAGAAAGAUUAGCAGAAGAUUCCAAUACAUGGAACAUUCAUGUUAUACCUAAAUUUGAAAACGUUAAAGAUACAAAAAAAGUACGCGAAUUAUGGUGGCGUGGUUUGCCACCAAGCGUACGAGGAAGAGUAUGGAAAUUGGCUAUUGAGAAUAGAUUAAACAUAACACCACAUUUGUAUAAUCUUUGCUUGGACAGAGCAAUGUCUAGUCCUACGAAUGAAUCGUUAGCUGCGAUCAAAUUAGAUGUAUCUCGUACCUUUCCUACCUUAUGUGUCUUUCAAGAAGGUGGACCAUUAUCAGAUAGCCUUCAAGGUAUUUUGGCAGCCUAUGCCGUUUAUAGACCAGAUGUUGGCUAUGUGCAAGGAAUGAGUUUUGUGGGUGCUGUAUUAUCAUUAAAUAUGGAACCCUCGGAUGCCUUUGCCUGCUUUGCUAAUCUCUUGAACCAUCCUUGUCACAGAGCCGCCUUUACCUUGGACCAAAAAAGAAUGAAUGUGUAUUACAAGGUAUAUUCGAGCGCGCUUGCACAUAAGCUGCCAAAAAUAUUUUCUCAUUUCACAGUAGCUGGUCUUAGUCCGGACCUGUACCUGUUAGAUUGGUUGUAUACUAUAUAUGCCAAAGCAAUGCCUCUUGAUGUCGCAUGCAGGAUCUGGGAUGUAUUCCUAAGAGACGGCGAAGAGUUCCUUUUUAGAACAGCCCUUGGCGUAUUACAUUUGUAUCAAGAAGAAUUGUUGAAAUUAGACUUUGUACACGGAGCGCAAUUUCUUACCAGAUUGCCUGAGAACCUCCAGGCAGAAGCUUUGUUUAACAGUAUUAGUCAAAUGUCUACUACUGUUGGGACUACGACAUUCCAACAAAUGUUGAUACAGUUUUCUUCUGUGUGAUUUUCUUUUUAGCUCUAUUUAAAAGAGUAGUUUGAUUUAAGUUUUACGAUUGUACAUUGCACAGAAAAUUUCUUAUUUUCCAGUGAAUCCGAUGAAGAAUAAUAGUGCGUGAAAAAUCUUAAAGUAUAUAUAUAUAUAUAUAUAUAUAUAUAUUGUAUUUAAAUUGUGAUGACGUCAAAGUGAGUAAUAAUGUUGCAUGCGGUAUGAAAGUAGUAAAAAUAAGCAUAUUAUUGUGUGCUUGAAUACUUGCAAGAAUAAUUAUCUUAUAUG